AUGGGAGACUCUCAACCACAAGAUUCCAAAAAAAGGGCAGUGUAUGAAGCAUGGACAAAGGAACAAAGUGAUGCCUUGUUAGAUAUUCUGGUUGAGUCUGCACAUAGGGGAUGGCGCGAUAAUAGUGGUUUAUUUAGCAAAGCCACAGUAGAGGAAAGGAUAUUGCCUGUUCUGAAUGAAAGACUUAGGUGCAAUAAAAAUUAUAAUCACUACCAAAGUCGUAUCAAAUGGUUUAAGAGCCGUUGGAAUGCUUAUUCAACACUCUUGAAGUUUAACUCUGGUUUUGGCUAUGACAACAACACCAAAAAAUUCACGGCCUCAGAUGAAGUAUGGGAUGCGUAUAUAGAGGCUCACCCAAAAGAUGCAUACUUACGCACUGGGAGUUUUUUGGAUUUUGAAGACUUGGGGCUUGUUGUUGGAAACGGUGUGGCUGUAGGAAGAAACGCAAUUGGAUUGGGCAGUGCUAUUGAUGCUAGGACAAUAGGAGUUGAUGAAAGUAGAGGUCCGCUCAUAGAGGAGUUGAAUUACGAUGCUGAUAAUGAGGCGUUUGUAGUACUGGGUCAAGAUAAUCCACCGUUAUCCGGCUCCAAAUCACCACAGGCAUUCACUGAAGUGCCUGUGGAGUCCACUCAGAGAAGAGCUCCCGCCAAAAGAAGUAGAGGCCACAUGAAUUAUGAAGAUAAAAUUAAAAUUGCAAUUGAAGAAGACAUAGAUGAAGAACUUGAGGAUGAAAUCGAAACAGAGAUGGAGAUUGAACUUUCUGAUCAUGCUAGGCAACUGAUGGAAGCAGCUAAGAUCAUUAGGGAGAAAGCCCAUGUGGAUGACACACGAUACACAACUGUUGAAGAAAUGUUGGCAACAUUCCUCAUCAUUGUAGGGCACAACGAUCGUUAUUGUAACGUUCGUGAAAGGUUUGGUCGUUCGCAUUUCGCUGCUAGUCAGAACUUCAACAAAAUCUUGAGAGCAUUGAACACCAUAGCACCGGACAUGAAAGUUAAGCCGACUAGCGCAAUACCCGCUAAAAUUCGAGAAAGUACCAGAUUUUAUCCUUACUUUAAGGAUUGUAUCGGGGCUAUAGAUGGCACUCAUAUCCCAGCCAUAAUAAGAGGUAAAGACGUGAGCUGUUAUCGUAACCGUCAUGGGGUGAAUUCGCAAAAUGUUUUGGCAGCUUGCAACUUUGAUUUGCAGUUCAUCUAUGUGCUUAGUGGAUGGGAAGGCUCAGCCCAUGAUUCCAAAAUUUUAAGUGAUGCAUUGUCUAGACCAAAUGGACUCCACGUGCCUCAAGGUAAAUAUUUUCUAGUAGAUUGUGGAUUUGCUAAUCGUCGUCAGUUUUUGGCUCCGUUACGUGGCGUUCGAUAUCAUCUCAAAGAUUUCGGUGGUGACGGUCGUCAUCCAAGAAAUGCAGAUGAGUUGUUCAAUCUUCGACAUGCAUCAUUGCGAAACGUGAUUGAACGAAUUUUUGGAAUCUUCAAAUCACGUUUCACAAUUUUCAAAACAGCUCCUCCUUUCCCAUUUCAAACACAAGCAGAGUUAGUUUUGGCUUGUGCUGGAUUGCAUAACUUUCUCCGAAAGGAGUGUCGUUCUGAUGAAUUUCCAGUCGAAGUUGAAGAAGGAAAUGUUGCACCAGAUGUUGAGAACGAUGCAGACAUUUUGGAAUAUCUUUCUCAAAGCGAACUGUCCCAGCGGAAUGAAGCGAAUAUAUGGAGAACAAAUAUUGCUAAUGCUAUGUGGCAAAAUAGACAAAUAUCUGAAACCGAUCAAGACGAUCAGGCGGAGACCGCGAAGAUAAUAUUUAGGGAGGUGUUUUGA